AUCGGCAUCAUCGUGGCCUCUCUGGUCGUGGCAAUCGGUGCUGGGAUUCGAGUCUCGAGGGAAGCGAAGAAACUCAAGGACCAGGAAGGGGAAGCGCACGGGCACGAAGAAGCACAAGAAGGAGUAUCAAGAGAUAACGAAGUAAUAUGAAACCAAAAUCUGUUAUCAUUAUCGUAUUUUUCUACUUAAAAAACUUGAUAAUGAUAACGGAUUUUCGCUUCAUACAAAGAAACCACUUCCACUGGACAAGGACAUGACAAAGACAAAGCAGAAGACUACUUUCUGUCCGGCAGAGACAUGCCGUGGUAUCUUGUGGGGGCCAGUCUCUUUGCGUCGAACAUUGGAGCUGAGCACUUCGUUGGGAUGGCAGGGAUAGCCACGCACAACGGUCUAGCUGUAGCUCUGCAUGAGUGGCUGCCGAUAUACUAUAUGGUUCUAGUAUUUGGUAACCUGAACAAUUCGAUCACAACAAGGAUUACCUUCUUGUUUUCCUCAUGAUCAAAAUCAGGUUACCAAAUACCAGCACCAUUCAUGUACUUGAUUCUGCUACUUGCGUGGUUCUUUUUCCCGAUCUUUCAGUUGAGUGGGACACGUAGGUCUAUUUCUGGUACCCGAUCAAGUACAUCAUCAGCCUCCCCGACAUCUUCCUCUUCGAUUUUCUGUCCAAUCAGCACCACAGGGGAGUAUCUAGAGGGCAGAUUCGACGGUCGGUUGCGCAGGGCUUUGGCGAUUCUGUCUUUGAUCACGUAUAUCAUGACAAAAUCUGCUGUCACCCUUUACGCAGGAGCUUUGAUAUUUGAAGUCUUUUUUCCGAUUGGUGCGGCUAAUAGUACCACGGAGAGCCAUCAAAACACAACGAAUGCGAACGGUGGAACUGCGAGUGCAAAUAGCACCACCAAAGACCACGACGAAAGCAAACUCAACCUCAACAUUUUCCUCUACUCCAGC